AUGGCUUCUGGCACUGCUCAAAGAGCUGAUUAUUUUCUAGUUGCUUUACACGUUUCUCUUCAUGUUUGCAGUGGGUCGCUUUUGACAAAUUCUAAUUGGUUUGCAUUUGAGGAUGAAGGAAUAGAUAAUGCGCUUCCAACUGAUUCAGUUCCUUCCCCUUCGUCCAACACUGCGGGGCAUGAGGUUGUCAAUGGAGGAGCUGGUGAUGAAGAUAACGAUUUGGUGGACACUGCAACAUCUGAACAGCCUGAACUAAUACCUAGUUUAAUCAAUCCUGCACCAGACAAUCUGUCCGAGGACUUGAGAGAAACAGAAACGAGGGUUAGUGAGAAGCCACCUGAAUGGGUUGAAUGGAGGGAAAAUUCUGAUUUUGUGGAAUUGUUUGAUCCAACCUCGACUACACCUCCAAAUUUACCGGAAUGUGAGCUUCAUGUGGAAUCUGACGUUCAGCCUGAUGAUGCUGGCUUAGAUAAAGCAGAUGCUUCCCCGUCCUCUGUUACUGCAUCCGUGGAGAAUUGCAAGAGUGAUGCUGGAAGAGGACCACUCAAUUCAGUAAAAGAUUGA